AUGUCAACCCUCACGAAUGGCGUCUCCUCCCAUCGCGUGGACAGCGACAAUGCCGACAACGGCGCACACGGCGCUGCGACCCAACCAAACAGCAGCAGCAACACCACCAUUUACGCAGCCUCGAGUGUCGCCGAGGUCCGCGCCGCACUCGAAGCUCUCCAUACCCGCGAGUCGGCGAUAACGAGCCGUCUCGAUGCACUCCUCGGCUCCCAAGCUGAUCUCGCCCGCGAGCUGGGCCGCUUGGACUUGCUGCGCGCGGGGCUUGGCAGUCAGGUCAUCGCCGCGCGGUCCAUUGGCAACGACAUGCUUUCCACAGCGGCAGACACAGCGGGGCGGCUGAGCAACAAGGUGAAGGAACUGGAUUUGGAAAAGAGCCGGGUUGAGGAUACUCUGGAGGUUGUCAAGCAGGUUGCUGAGCUCAAGGCAUGCGUGCAGGGCGUCGUGGGAAGCAUGGGUGCCCCGCAAGACUGGGAAGCUGCUGCGGCGUAUCUUGCGCGAGCGUCGCAGGUGCCGGAAGACAUCACCAAGGGUAAAUUCGCCUCCUCAAUCGUCCCGUCCGUGGAGGUGCCUGACCCACCAUGGACGACGCUCGAGAACGCCAAGGAGAGCCUUUGUGGGCUGUUCCUGAGGGAAUUCGAAAAGGCGACGAAAGAAGGAGAUGGUGCCAAAGUUACGCGGUUCUUCAAGCUCUUCCCGCUCAUCGACAGAGGAGAUGUUGGGUUGGAUGUCUACGGACGAUAUGUCUGCCAGGGCGUGGCUGGUACAGCUAGAUCUGUGUUGAAGGAGAGCCCUGGGGUCCAGGCGAGAAAGGAGGGCUUCUUCUACGCCAAUGCUCUCACAAGACUAUUUGAUCACAUUGCGCGGAUCGUUGAGGGUCACGGAGGUCUUGUGGAGCGGCACUAUGGCUCCGGCAAGAUGGUCCGUGUUAUUGAGCGUUUACAACAAGAGGCAGACGUGCAGGGAGGCAUCAUCCUCGACUCCUGGAGUGACGAGCGCGAUGUUGAUAGGCGGCUGAAGGACGUCAAGAGUUAUCCCUUUUCAUUUUUGGUCCAGAGCUUCUUGCCGCAGCAGAGGGGCGGGACACCACGGGUUAACUCGCCAGCGAUGGGCGCCGGAGCAAAUCAACGCGACAGCGAGGACGAGGGCGUCAACAUGAAGGAAGUGGACGGCCUUCUUAGUGAGAUCGCGAUUAUGCUUGGCCGAUGGUCUCUUUACUCCCGGUUCUUGGCAGGAAAGACUCGGGAUCCCUUAUCGUCCGAAAGCGUUCCCCUAUCCAUGCCGGAAGUCGUCGUCAAGUCCAACCUUAAGCGGAAGGUUUCGGACAAGCUCACAUCCCCUUAUAAUACCAUGAUGACUUUCUUCUUCCGACGAUCAGUCGAGAAGGCAUUCCAGCUGGAUGAGUCCCCAAGCGGAUUGUCUCUCAGCAUGAACAAGCACAUCGACACCAAUCAGCCGUUCAUCAUCUCUGCGGUGGACGACGUCAUGUACGUCGUCAGUGCCGUUAUCCAGAAAUCCAUAUCUACGUCGCAACGAGACGUCAUUGCGUCUGUUAUUCCCACCAUUGGUCGAGUUCUUAGCUCUGAUUUCGUCGGUAUGAUCCAGCGAAAGAUGCGAGACGAGUCGUAUCCCAAACCAAUCGUACAAGGAGGGUUUCCACCAGAGGACAAGAUCAUCCAAUUCAUCGUCCUGAUCAAUAGUCUUGACACGGCCAACGAGUACCUCGGCCGCAUCAUUACUAGUAAUAUGGGAAGCACGAACGACCCGCCAAAGGCAAAUGGUGAAGCUUAUGAGCCAUCACUCAAGGAUACAUUCCCCUUUGACAAGGACGCCGCCUUUGUGGCCUCCGCCCUCAACACACUUCACAGCUCCUUUACGACCAAGUCAACUGAGCUUCUCAAUGAAGGACUUCAGGUACUCUUCAAGCAGGUCGUUCAGCCGCGCUUGAGACCGGUGCUGGCCGAAACCUUCCGCGAUGUAGACUACUCCCUGUCUGAAGAGGAGCUAGCCGAGUUCGCCCAACAGAACGAUGAAGAUGAAGAAGAGAUGCUCGACCAGGUGUCACGGCGUUUCGAGCACGGCUGGGACCAACUCAUGAAGCCCAUCUCGCGGCUUUUAACGACCCACACCUUUACAACCCUGCACGACCUGACGGCGCGCUAUCUCUCGCGUGUCCUUGAGCGUAGGGUGUGGGACGCCCGGGCUAACGCCUAUGGUGUAAUUCGCAUGGAGCGCGACUUUUCCAGCAUCAUCAGCACGGUGUGUAAGGGCAACUACGGCGUCAGGGAGUUAUUUGCUAGGGUGUCGCAGAUCUUGAUGGUGGCCAACAUGGAGGAAGAGGAGUGGGAAGAGAUUUCGGCCCAGCCUGACGACGAGGAGGAUGGUAUGAUCUGGGUGCUGACCGAGGAAGAGCGGCGACGGGCAAGGCAUCUGACGUCUAGAGAACGCAGAGGGUGA